GCCUCGUCCGCGGGAAAGAUCUAGGGCAAGGGGGUUCGGGAGUCCUCUGUUCCCAGAGGUGGGUGCGUGCGUACCGGACGGAGAUCGGGGCUACUCCGCCGGUGAAGGGCCGGAGUGCGAACAGGAGCCAUGGGCGGGACGUCCAGCACCCGACGGGUCACCUUUGAGGCGGAUGAGAACGAGAACAUCACGGUGGUGAAGGGCAUCCGGCUUUCAGAAAAUGUUAUUGGGCGAAUGAAAGAAUCUUCUCCAUCUGGUCCAAAGUCUCCAAGUACCUUUCGUGGUUAUGAUUCUAAAGCUAAUGAAGAAGAAAUGAGAAGACGAGUAGCUGAAGAAUUGGCUCUGAAAGAGUCUGAAAAUCUGAAAAGAGUAAAACAUGGAAAAAUCCAGGCACGUGAGGAUAUCAAUAAACUUCUGGAAAGAGAGAGGUCUGUCAGCAAUGAGCAGUUAACUAGAGCCAUUCUUCGAGAGAGAGCAUCAAGUGAAGAGGAGAAAUCUAAGAUGAAGCAUAUGGACCUAGAAAUUCAGGCUAAGCAGCUGGAAGAGAAAGACCGAGUGCUAAAAAAACAGGAUGCUUUCUACAAAGAGCAGCUGGCUAGACUGGAAGAGCGGAGUGCAGAGUUUUACAAAGUUACCACAGAACAAUACCAGAGGGCUGCUGAGGAAGUGGAAUCCAAGUUCAAACGCUAUGAGACUCAUCCAAUCUGUGCUGAUCUGCAAGCUAAAAUUCUUCAAUGUUAUCGGGAAAACCCUCAGCAAACACUCAGCUGCUCUGCUUUGGCCAAUCAAUACCAGUACUGUGUCAAUCAUGCCAAACAGAACGUGCUUGAAAAAGGAGGAUAAAGCUGACUACCAAAGCAAGCAAAAGCCUGACAACGUUAAUUCCAGCACUAGAGCAUUUUUUCCCCCAACAAUACAAAGCCUACUUAAAGGGCAGACCACUAAGAAGAACUGGAAGAGUCAAUUCAACAGCAACAAACAUCACAACUCAAUCAGCAGACACUUGAAAAAGCCAAAACUGGUUGUCUUAUUACAUCAGAAAUCUGACCUGUUAAAGCUCAAGGUUGAAAUAGAAUGUUUUGUGGGUGGGUCAGGAGAAGAGAAAGGAUAAAUUGAAAGGGAGGACAGUAUGUAUAUAAGAGUGUGGGGAAGGAGGAAAAGCCCUGUGAAUGAGAGCUACCCCCAGGGAACUAAAUUGUCUGAGCUUCCUAGAAUGCUGACUUUGUCUUUUUUUCUUUUCUCCUUUGAUAUGAAAGAGAUUUUUGUUUGUAAUUUAUUAUGAUGAUCAUGUAACUAAGAAAGGGAAAAAAAUGUCUUCCUUUUGCUGGAAUAAUGUCUGUGAUUAUAAGUGAAAUAUGGCCUUCUUAUCAAUGUAAAAGCAACUUUCUAAAGUGUGUGUGUGUGUGCAUGCGUGUGUGUGCAUGUGUGUAUACAUAAAUAUAAUAGGUAUGUGUGUAUAUGUAUAUAUACACACACACGCACACACACACACAUACUUAUAGAUAUCAGUUCCUUUACCAUGAAUACUGACAACCAUGCCUCACUCAGUAUCAAUAAUAAAUAUAUUUUAUGAACAAGA